AUGUGCAAGCGGGAUAUACCUGCUGAGACUGAUACUGACAAUAGCGGCGGAGACGAACUUUGGGACUGCCUGAUGGAAAGGGAAAGUGAGCGGUGUGUAGUGACGGGAACCUCUCACAGACUAUGCAGUGCAGCACACUUGGUUCCCUUCAGAAGAGGAAAUAAGUACAUCGAAUUGCUGACGAGGCGCAGAAGGUAUGAGGAUGAAGACGAUCCCAUUAUCGACGAUGUCAACGGCCCCCGCAACGCAUUAUUCGUUAACUUGUUCCUGCGCAUUGCAAUUGGGAGCAUGCGGGCCGCAUUCCUACAGACUCCGAAUUUCAUCCUGAAUCCAGAACAUAUCAAUUCACAAUACACCGGCGGUUCUCAUAUCUUCCUACAUUACUUUGCUCAACCAUUGGAACUUGACCAGGCUGUCAAGGCCAGCAUCCCACACGGCCAACCCAUCCGGCUUCCCGAGCCGAUGAAUCGAGAGAUCUGGCCACCGCACGCUAUAUUUGCGGCUUAUUACGGGAGUGGGCGGGUAAGGGCAAUAUGUUCCAUGUUAGACCUGAUGAUAUGA